CCGCCUUCCUAAAACCAAAGAAGAAGAAGUAGCGUCAGAAGAGCAGCAUGAUGGGAUAUGAGAGUCCUCCGGCGGCGCGCUGCCGCCAUGUCACCUAGAGAGAAACGUUUAACGUUAGCGAUUAUCCUAGCUCUAGGCGUGGUUAGUCUCGCUCUUUAUUUCAUUCCUACGUUUCUUUUUGUGAGUUUUCUUCUUGCAUUGUUUUGUAUUGUGUGUUGCUAUCUCAGCGGGGAACUAUUUCCCGCCAGGUUAGGCCUCAAUCCCCGAGCUGGGGUGAACCUACCACCCGCGCUGCGGCGCUGGUUGUGGGGUUGGUGGGGGACCGGCGUGUCGGUGGCCUCGCGUGGGAGAACCAAGAGCGGCAGAAACAAAACCGAGCUCCGGGACGCGGAGGGAAACUUUAGAGAAAGGCUCGUUGAAACUGGGAUUUAUCGGAGGGAAUCCUUGGCAAGUGACUCCUUUCUUUUCAGCCCUCGGGAUUUCCUCAUGGGGAGUUACAUCGGAAAACCCGAAGGUCCAACCGCCGACUCCGUGAGGCCGAGAGCGGGUAGAAAUCCCCGAGAGCAGCUGCGGGAGAAACUGUCCCGACCCAACCAUGCUGUCUACACCCCAAACAGGAGGCUGUCAUUUGCUGGGGAGCCGCUGGGCACAGCAGGCAGAUUCACCAUCACCCCCCAGCGACACUAUCCCUUGCAGCAGCCAGGUGUCUCCUCGGUGGGAGUCCUGCCUCCCGUCAGGUGGGAUGGCUUCAGGAAGAAGAACAUCCUCAGCCCCCGUAACUCGCCGGCCGCCCUCAGCCCCGUUAUGGUGAAGAUCGCCCGGCCGGACCACCACAGCUCCCCCAGUUUAAACCAGAGUUGUGCAGGGCUCCCCAUGGCCCCAGUGGACCCCUGCUCCAGAGAAAGCGUGCUCAAGGUGCUGAAGGAAAGCCGCAAGAGAGAGGUGGAAGAUGAAGACAAAAGCUUCACAACUGAGCAGAAAAGCAAAAGAAGGCGUAAUGACAGCGGAGGAAGUACACAUUCUGCUUUUGAGACACUUCUGCCCAACGGGGCGCCGUCACAGCUGGUCCCCAAGCCAGGAAACCUGAAAAGAGGGGUACCCUCCCUGGCGGAAGAUUCCAUCAUGAAGAGGUCUCGCACGUCCUCCAUCAGCUCUGGCAGUGGGGUCCACGCCCCAAGAGGAACCCCCGGCACAAGGAGGAACCCUAUCCAGAGCUCCUACAGUUCUUCCCUCGGCCUCAGCCAGCGGAAGAAGCGGUCAGCACCCAGCUCCCCCCUGCCCAGCCCCGGAUCGUCCCGCCCGCAGACUCCAGAGGGAGUUUCUAAGAGACCCAGAGAGGACAACGGGCCGUCUCCGCGUGCAGCCUCUUCACUGAGGUCAGACCAGACGGCCUCAGACAAGGCACCUGUGACUUCCAAACUGACUCCGGUACCCAAGGUCCCGUUGACUACCUCAGCUGACUCCACUGGGAGCGGUGGAAAGAGGAAACGGAAGAUCCAGCUUGUGUCCAGCAACCGGGAUGACCAUAUAUCUCUGCCCCCGCCUCCGGAGCUGGGCUACACCAUCACUGUGAAAGACCUGGAUGAAGAGAAGAAAGCUGCCCUCAGCAAGAUCCAGAAGGUCCUGGAGACGCCCGCUCCUGAGCCAGAGAAGUCCACCGCCCCACCGGCAGCCACCCUUGCCUCCCAGCUGGGCACCUCUUACAGCUCCACCACCCUCAGCAGCCUGCUGGCAGCUCCUCUGCCCACAGCCUCCAGCUCUGCCAUCCCAGUCAUCAACCUGGACCCCAGCCCGAUCAGCAGCGCCAGCACGACCCCCGCAACCUCUAACCCGCUGCUGGAGGCCCUGAAGAUGAAGAUCAGUAUUCCGUCAAGCGCUACAUCUGCUGCCAACACUGCCACAGUGUCUGCAACAUCAACUCCGGUGCUGUCCGGGGGCUUAACCCUCAAGGUUUCUACUCCGGUGGCGACCCCGCAGCUCCCUCCGGCCUCCCAUUCCUCUUCUGCCUUCGCCCAUGUGCUGGGUCAGGUCUCCAAGGCUUCCGGCGGCGCUCCACCUGUGACGGGAUCAAACCUGUUUGGAUUAGCGAGUCCGAUCAGCACCCCUGCUGCUUCUUCACCUUCUUACUCGGCUGCCGCUGCGGUCACCGCCCCAGCCGGUAGCUUGGCGUCCGUCAGCAGCGCCAACCCUCUGCUGGCUUCAGGGUUCAAGCCAAUUUUUUCUGUCACCGCCGCCAAUACCACCACCACCUCCGCAGCUACGUCAGCCACUGAGAGCAAACCUCCCGCCAGUAAUUUCACGCCCAUCUUUGGCGCUGGCGCAGCGGGCGCCGGCUUUGGACAGCCUCCCCCCUACACCACCACGAACCCGGCUUCUACGCUGUCUUUGAGUAGUGCGUCCUCGAUGUUUGGUGGCUCUACAAGCAGCACCGUCGUUACAUCAUCCGGUUUCCCCGGCAUGACCAGUCUCCCCACUUCCGCAGCCACCACUGGCUCCAUCACCGCCACUCAGCCCGCAGCCCAGCCAGCCGUGAAAUCCCUCUUCGGCAACUGGUCGGCACCAUCCACGACGAGCUCCAGCUCGGCCCCGUCGCAGGCGCCCAGUACAGGGAGCCCGUUCCAGUUUGGAGCCGCUACCACCACGACCGCGGCUCCCCCCGCUGCUGCCGCUACCACGACCUCCAGCAACGGCGCCUUCUCUUUCGGUGCUGCACAGCAAGACCCUCAAGCAGCAAACCAGAAGGCGUUUCCCUUUGCUCAUUCGGCGCCCGGCCAGAAAACCACCACUACAUUUGGAGGUUUCGCCAUGGCGAGCACGGCCUCCACCACUGCUGGCGCCACCAGCCAGUCCAACUUCUCCUUUGGAAAGCAGUCGUUUCAAGCAACUCAGGCUACGCCGGUGACCUUCGGCUCCUCAGCGGCGCCCGCUACGCAGGCGACCUUCGGCUCCUCGGCACAGUCCACCUUCGGUUCUUCAGCGGCACCCGCUGCGCAGGCGACCUUCGGUUCUUCAGCAGCGCCCGCUACGCAGGCGACCUUCGGCUCCUCGGCACAGUCCACCUUCGGUUCUUCAGCGACACCCGCUGCGCAGGCGACCUUCGGUUCUUCAGCGGCGCCCGCUGCGCAGGCGACGUUCGGUUCUUCAGCGGCGCCCGCUGCGCAGGCGACCUUCGGUUCUUCAGCGGCGCCCGCUGCGCAGGCGACCUUCGGUUCUUCAGCGGUGCCCGCUACGCAGGCGACCUUCGGCUCCUCGGCACAGUCCACCUUCGGCUCCUCAGCGGCACCCGCUGCGCAGGCGACCUUUGGCUCCUCAGCGCAGUCCACCUUCGGCUCCGCGACGGCGGCACCAAAACAGUUCUCCUUCGGAGGCAGCGGGGCAGCCUCAUCCACUCCUGCUCCCAACACCGCCCCCCCUCCUUUCCCUUUCGGAGCAGCCGCUGUCACCACAACCAAACCAGCGUUUGGCGCCAGCUCUGCUGGUUUCGCUUUUGGUGUCACCACGGCUCCCUCGGCCGCAGCCUCUGCUGCGCCGAGCUUUGGUGCAACAAGCCAGACUCAGAGCGCCCCCUCGGCCACCUUCGCAUUCGGCAGUGCUGCUCCUCAGCUGGCGCCCGCCGGCCCCGCCCAGCCAGCCCCCGGUGGGUUUAACUUCGGUGCUGCUAUGCCAUGCCCCCAGUUUGGAACCCCGGUCCCCAAUAAUCCGGCACCACAGAUGGGAGGCUUCAACUUUGGUGCUGCUGCUGCUACUGACAAACCAGCUUUUGGGACGUCUACCCCAUCCUUCGGCCAGAGUGCUGUUUCUGCUGCAGGUCCAAUUCCCUUUGGCAGCCCUGGAACUCCAGUACAAAGCUUCAACGCUGUUCCUUUUGGGUCCCCGGCGGCUCCCUCCUUCUCAAUCGGAGCGGGAUCGAAGCCAUCCGGCGCUCGCCAGAGGCUGCAGGCGCGGAGGCAACACAACAGGAAGAAGUAGCCCGCCGCAUGCGUCCAGCGCCGCUUUCAGAGGACUUCAGCCGUCGCCGCUACGGUUAAUCAGGCUCCUAUUGCUCUGUUCUAAGUCCCAAUACAUCGUGCCCUCCGCUUCCUUCCCCCUUCCUCCCCGGUGGGGCGUGCUGCCCCAAAACGUUGGCUGAGGAGUUAGGAAGAGCACACAGGUUUUUGAGUUGAUGCCGCCUGGGUGACCCAGAGAGGGAACGUAGCAGUGAGGAGACCGGAUCCAUAACGAUGUACUGUACUUGAAGGGGAGAAAAGACAACUCGAUGGUUUAAUUUUGAACAAAAGCAUAUCCAAAGUUUUUUUUCUUUUUUUUUUUUCUUUAUAGUUUAUUGGUUUGUCUUAAGGAGAAUGUUGAGACAUGGAGAUCGUGGCUCAGACAUUUAUUUUUUUACGUGAAGCGCUCACUGGUUUGUAUAUUACAGAACAUUUUGAGUGCAUUAUCUGAACGAGUCUGAAUGGUGUGACAUGUACAGUUGAUUCAGAUAAGGUACACAACACUGCAGUGUGAAGUUCUGAGACAUUUGCAUUUUAAAUUAUUUUUUUAAUUGGCUCUCUGACCCUGUAAGUGAAUGAUGUGUUCCUGCACUUAAAGGGCGACUUUGUUAAUGUCUUAAUAUAGUUGGCGCGCAGACUUGUGUAAUUUUUUUUUUUUUCACACUGUCAUUAUAAGCAUUCCCAGAGUCCUCACAGACGGCCGUGUGUGUGUGUGUGUUUUUUUUUUUUUUAAUCUAUAAAGUGGUUGCCAACACUGAUUUAAUUAGCAGGUCAGUAUGUGAUAAGGAUCACUACUCUUAACUUGUGCUGACUAAACCAAAGCCAAUUGUUCAACUUCACGUCUGUGAAAAGAAUGUGAUCUUUAUCUCCUCUUUUAAUCCUUGAGAUGUUUGUGCCAGACUACCUCUUUACUCCAGGCACUGAAUCCGUGUUACUUCGCUGAAAAAUAAGUCUGACUUGAUCGAUUUAAUCCAAUUAGAUUUUACUUUAACUGCUGUUAAUACAGAUGUACCUUAAUAAAUCCAAUUAGUUUUUUUGUUUUUUUUUAACUGUCGUCGCGCAAACAUUAGCCUCACUUCUGUAAAAUUUCUAUUAAGUUAUUGCUAAAUAUUAACCAUUUACAAAAAUAGUCUGUUUAUGAUACAGGGAUUGUUUUCUUUUUGUAGUCGGUAAUGUCUUUCAUUUGCACCAUGAGUUACAGGAUAUUGUCCAACCAACACGUCAGUAAACCAUUAAUGUCGGCCGUCAGUUAUUUUAUCAAAAUUAUUUUUGUUCUUAAUCACCUUUUGCCCAAAGUGAGCAGUAUCUGAUGCAGGUUUUUGAUCGUGAAUUCUGAAUUAAUAAACAAAUUCGGACAUGGAACUACAAAAAA